GAUGAGGAGCAUAUGCACUCACUUAUUAAUCAGUGCACCAAACCUGUAAAGUUCUCUCUCUCCUCCCUCCAGGUGCUCCCUCUAACAGACAGUCAGUAUGAGGAUAUAUUUGAUAGUGCUACGGCUUUGGAGACACCUGUAGACAACUGUCUGGAGGAUGCCAGAGCUGUGCUGAGUGAGGUGGAGUUGCUGCAGGCCACCAUUGACCAGGUCUCUCUCAGGGAGGAAGAGCCUCCCCGGAGAGUGUCUGGUGAGAGAAAGACUGCAGCGUCCGGCUCACAGAGGAAGAGACAGAGAAAAAGGGAGGAAGAGGAAGACAGCGACUCCAGUGCAGAAUUUGAUCAGUGGGUUCAGUGUAGUAGGUCUGUCUGUGGGAAAUGGAGGAGAGUGGAGAGACACGUUGACCUGGCUGCCCUUCCCAGCGACUGGACCUGUAUACACGACACAGGCCCUGGUCUCUGUGAGGCUGCGGAGGACAGCUGGUCGGAACAAGAGUGUGAUGUCAUCAACAGCAGUCUGGUUCCUGGGUCUCUGGUCUGGGCUCAACAGAUUGGAUAUCCUUGGUGGCCGGCGAUAGUGGAGAGAGAUCCAGACACCAAGACCUUCUGCCAGUUCAACAGGAAUACUGACCUGUACCCUUGCAGGUACCAUGUAACCUACCUGGGGGAACCAGUCAGCAGAGCCUGGGUGUGUCGGUCUAAAGUCAGAAAUUACACAGAACUCACUGAGGAUGCCGCCAUCACGGGGAAGUCUCUCCAGAGAUUCAAGAAGAAGUUGAGAGAAGCUGUCCGCAUAGCAACACAAGCCCAGAGUAUUCCACUCAAGAGGAGGUUGUCUAGGUUUGGGUUCUGGACUCAACAAACGUCAGACAGAGAGAGCUCAGAGGACAGCGACAUUGCUGAGGUGAUGGAGAUGCUUCUGGACCAUGAAAAGAGCAGGAGGUCAGCAUACGUCAGAAACAAGAAGUCAGCUGUGGUGAAGGCUGCUAAGAGACACAGAGAGCAGAGUGAGCCAAUUGGAGGGGACCUGAACGAGGGAGGAAAGGGAGUGAAAGAGAGAGCUGGAGAGAAGAAAAGAGGAGAGGAGGAGGGUAAGAAGAGAGUGAUGACUCCCUUGUUCUCCAAACUAAAGAAAGGCAGCGCGACCACGGCCAGACCAGCCCCUCCACCCAGCAAAGACCAGACUGUACCAGGGAGAGCGAAAGAGGAGAGAGAGGAGAAGAGAGAAGGAGUGGAGGAGGAGAGAGCGGAAGAGACCAGGAAAGGCGAAGAAAGAAAGGAACUGAGAGAUGAGAGAAGCCUGGAAGAGGAAGAGAAGGAGGAGGAAGAAGGACAUGAGUCUGAUACGUCUGUUGAGGAGGAGGCAGUGAAAGAGGAAGGGAGAGAAACAGGAAAGGGAGGAGAGGAAGAACAGAUCAAGAAGAAGGAGGGGAAGGAGUUUGUAAAGUCUGUGUUUGGAGGGGAGGGGGAUGAGGGAGGAGAGGAUGAACAGAUCAAGAAGAAGGAGGGGAAGGAGUUUGUAAAGUCUGUGUUUGGAGGGGAGGGGGGUGAGGGAGGAGAGGAUGAACAGAUCAAGAAGAAGGAGGGGAAGGAGUUUGUAAAGUCUGUGUUUGGAGGGGAGGGGGAUGAGGGAGGAGAGGAUGAACAGAUCAAGAAGAAGGAGGGGAAGGAGUUUGUAAAGUCUGUGUUUGGAGGGGAGGGGGAUGAGGGAGGAGAGGAUGAACAGAUCAAGAAGAAGGAGGGGAAGGAGUUUGUAAAGUCUGUGUUUGGAGGGGAGGGGGAUGAGGGAGGAGAGGAUGAACAGAUCAAGAAGAAGGAGGGGAAGGAGUUUGUAAAGUCUGUGUUUGGAGGGGAGGGGGAUGAGGGAGGAGAGGAUGAACAGAUCAAGAAGAAGGAGGGGAAGGAGUUUGUAAAGUCUGUGUUUGGAGGGGAGGGGGAUGAGGGAGGAGAGGAUGAACAGAUCAAGAAGAAGGAGGGGAAGGAGUUUGUAAAGUCUGUGUUUGGAGGGGAGGGGGAUGAGGGAGGAGAGGAAGAACAGAUCAAGAAGAAGGAGGGGAAGGAGUUUGUAAAGUCUGUGUUUGGAGGGGAGGGAGGAGAGGAUGAUUUCCUAGAUGAAGACAUGGAGAUUCUGGGCUGCAGAGAAGAAGUGAUGAAGAGACUAGCUCAGGAACCCACUCAGGAAGAGGAGGAUGACUUCUCUAUCAUGCUGUUUGAGGAGGAGUAG